CAUCCUUCGAGAAUCCAUUUCAUCCAUUAUUAUGGCUGGUCGGGUAACUGUGCGUGCCGCCGUAGCUUCAGAUAUACCAGUGAUUCUGGAGAUUAUUAAGGAGUUGGCGCUUUAUGAGAAAGAGCCAGACAAGGUACUCGCUACCGAGGAAAGCUUGCAUGACACACUGGGGUUCAAGGAGGGCUCAAAGUGCUACGCGAAAGCCCUAUUAUUGUAUGAGGGCGACGAGCCAGCCGGAAUGGCGCUGUACUUCAACAGUUAUAGCACAUGGAGGGCUAAGCCUGGAAUAUACCUGGAAGACCUGUUCGUAAGGUCUCAAUUUCGCGGAAAGGGAUAUGGCACAACGCUCUUAGCGGCCCUAGCAAAAGAGGUAUUAGAGAUUGAUGGGGCGAGACUAGAGUGGAGCGUUCUUAAGUGGAACGAGCCGUCAAUAAAGUUUUACGAAGGAAUCGGCGCAACGAACCUAGGCAAGGAAUGGCAGCAGAUGAGGGUAGACGGGGAUGCUUUAGAGAAUUUGGCUAGAAGAGGUGUGUUUGGAGACGGAAAGUGAGCGAAUCGGAUACAGAAUUGGGUUAAGGAGGGAAGGGGGUUAGUCGAAUUGCAAGAAAGAUGUUUUCCUAUG